GAGCUUUGACUUGUCCGAGUCUUGACAUCUACCCAGCGGUCCGAACCACGGCUCCGUCGGGCUACGCCGAGCGCGGCCGACAUGUUCAACCAUUCUGGGGACAAGUCCCGCGGCGUUCCCUCUGGGUCAGGAUACAGCGACAACAGCAACAGUCAAAAUGACCAUCACCAUGGUCUAUCCCUCAACACGUCAGGUCAACCAUAUCCCAGGUUUGGCAUGCCCCAGAACUUUGGUACUUCUUCGACAUGUCUUCCACAACACGAAGCCGUCCGGAGAGACUUCGACUCGUCGUCGUCUAUGGACUGGACCUCUCCUGGCGGCGUACAACAAACGCGCUUCAACGUCCGAUCCUCCAUGAGCCACGCAUCGCAGCAGCAGCAGCAGCAGCAGCAGCAGCAACAGAAUGAUGGCAUGGAACUUGACGAACUCAACUCGCCCCCCGCCGGAGUCUCCAAUUUGAUUGCGCGCUUUGAGGGGAUUCGCGCCGCGCCGCCAAGCAGUAACAGGGUCAUGAGUUCAGGCAAUUCGGGUGCGAGCCCAUCAUCGGCGCAAUUCGGCGGCGGUGGCAUCGGCACCAACAACCUGCACAACAACAUGCACAGCAACAGCACAGCAAACAUGAGUUCUCCCGCCCUGAGCAGAAUCACCAGUCCGGUCACUCAUAGCCCGGCCGCGCCCAAUUUCUUUCGUGCCCCGGAGUCAUAUCGCCCUCCAGUGCCCAGGAGUACCAAGCCGGUCAUGGGGCGCGCCCCCUCCAACAUUCCAUUAUUCACGCCAGACUCGAGAUUUGGCGAUGGGAACAGUCGUGCCGGUGGUUCCUCUACACCCGCCCCACCACCACAGGUUCAUCAUCAGUCUCAACCAUCUGCCGACUUUAGUCAACUAGAUCCCUUCAUCAAUUCAUCAGCCAAGACGUUUGCUUCUCAGUCAAACACUUACAACUUGUCGAUGAGCGACUUUAAUAACACGACGACAAGCAAGAACUUCGCUUCCCAGUCGAACACAUCCUUUAACCCGCCUAUGAACUCGUUCAACACUUCAACCAAGGGUUUCAACUCUCAACCCAACAACGUCUUUGACCAAUCGACCAACAAUACUUUCAGCCCGACAAACACUUAUAGCUCCCCCACGAACGCUUUCAGUCCACCACCAAAUGCAAAUACCUUUAGCCCGCCGCCGAAUUCGAAUGCUUUCAGCCCGCCGCCUGCAGCUUUCAGCCCGGCACCUACACCGUUCAGCCCAGCAACGUCGACCUUUAGCCCGGCACCGACACCGGCCCCGAGCCUGAUUCCUGGUACUCCGAGUGGGAUGCAGACACCCUUCGGCCCUCCGCCCCCCACAUCGUUCCCGGGCCACGCUCGAGCACCCAGCGUGGCACCCAGCGUGGCACCGACGCCAAAAUCCGCCAUGGGUAGUCGGCCGUCACGGGAACAGGUUCCUGCCGAGGCAUGGGAGUCCUUCAAGCUGACCAUCAGGCACUUGUAUCUGGAAGAGCGGCGGCCGUUGAAAGAGGUCAUGCAAAUCAUGGCCGAUCAAUAUGGGUUUCAAGCAACGCCGAAGAUGUAUAAGACAAGAUUCUCGCAGUGGGGAUUCGUCAAGAAUAACACCGAGGACGAAGUGAAGAGGCUGUUGUCGAUGAAGUUCCAGCGCGAUGCGGAAGGCAAGGUGUCGGAGUUUGUGCGGAACGGCAGGGUGGUCAACCUGGGCACGUAUCUCAAGAGGAAAGGGGUGACCGAGUACGAUCUCGUCGACUUUGAAACGCCAGCUCAACUUCCGUCCUACGUGCGAUGUCGCACCCCGACACCGCCGCCCGCUCCGGGCUAUCUGCGAUCACCAGACCUGAUCCGAGCGCAGGAGACAAUUGUUGGCAACAUGAGGAAGGCGUUCCUGCACUGCCGCCAGUUCGAGGUGGAAACUGACAGGCAGGUCGGAUGGACGUCGAUUAUGCUCUGGGGCGCUGGGUCGAGCGACAUGUUCGCCGACGCCAACAAGAAGUUCGAGAUGGGCGAGCACGACGCGGGCGGGCAUCUCCUGAUGAGGGCCUUCAAGCGACUGGAGAUGGACCUCAAGCAGCUGUCGCCCCAGGGUAUCAAGGAGCUGCUGCUGGGGAUGGUGCAUCGCGACGCGGGCAUGAUGACGGCCAUGUGCAAGUACCUGGCGGCCUAUUCGACGACCAACUUCGAACGGUCGCAUCCCCUGCGUCAGACCUUUUCCGCCCUGUACGAGGUGCAACAGAAGCACGGGCCGAUUACGCUCUCGGAGCUGGUCUGGGGCUGCAUCCCCACCAUCGCCGAAGAGCUCGAGGCCAUCUACGGACGGCGCCACCCGUACGUUGCGCGGACGUGGAUCGAUCUGGCCAUCUUCUACAACCACGCCAACCCCGAACGACUCGAGAAACUGCUCAUGGAGCUCCAGCCGCUGCGCAGAGAGAUCGCGGGCCGUCACGGGCAGGGCAGCGCGGACGACCUCGCGCUGCGGUACGCCGUGGUGCAGCUGAUGCAGGCAGCCUGGCCCAACGGCGACAACACGAGGUCGGAGGCGCUGGAUCUGUGGGCGGCGAUGAGGAGCGCCGGGCUCGUCUUUCCCGUGCGAGGGGCGGAACACAACACGUUCUGCUAUCACAGUCCGCUCAAGGUGGACCCGUGGGACAGACGAUGCAGAGACCGGUACGACGUCGGAACCCAGUUCUUCCAGCAGCAUUGCGGCAUCAAGGUGCUGCCGUACUUCGAAGAGGACAUGCACUACACGGAACACGCCCCCGACUCUCACUCGGCGCUGGCGGCAGCUCUGGGACACAUGGCGCCGUCCAAGUUUUCGCUCAUCUGAGGAAUGUGUAAACGCAAAACAGAUUUUACUUGACGACGGUCACUUUGAUUCGUCCGCUACGGCCCGACGGACGACGGCAGUCCCAACGCACGACGCAGAUGUCGCAAACACACACACACACACACACACACUACAUACGAGUCACGGACAAGUGACAUUUCCGCAACCCCUUUUCUAAUUUUAUUGGUUCAAGAUGAUGGAUGCUAGGUAGGAUGCGACGGUCGCACAACGACAAACGAGAGGCGGUUGCUUCGGGCAUGUCAGGAUGGGGCUGUCAAUGACACCUUGGAACGGUCAAAGAUGAGGAAUUCUGGAUACUUCAGGCGUAUUGGGAUAAGGGCAUAAACGCCAUGGACUUGUAUGCCAUGGCCGGCGUAUUGGGGAGGGGGCAUUUCCGAUUCCACCACACACAGCGAGCACACGUUUUCAUGGAAUGACACAUUGUACAAUAGCAUUUGGGAGAGGAGCAGAGGAGGAAAACCUGAUACCACGAUACCAGAGGGAGAAGGGAGGACGACUGUAGGCCUACGGCAGCAAAAGAGAGGAGAGAGAAAGAGAGAGAAAUGGGGAGACGAUGAU